AUGGGUCUAUCUGAAGUCGUUCCAGCAGGUGUAUUAACUGGUGAUUCUGUAAUGAAAUUGUUUUCAUAUGCAAAAGAACAUCAUUUUGCUAUUCCAGCAUUUAAUGUAACAUCUUCAUCAGCUAUAAAUGCAGUUCUUGAAGCUGCUCGUGAUGCUAAAUCACCUGUUAUUAUACAAAUAUCUCAAGGUGGAGCUCAAUUUUAUGCUGGCAAAGGUCUUAAUAAUGAUGGUCAAGCUGCAAGUAUAUUAGGAGCUGUUGCUGCAGCACAUCAUGUACGAAAUGUUGCUAAAACAUAUCAAGUACCUGUUGUUCUUCAUAGUGAUCAUUGUGCCAAAAAAUUAGAACCAUGGUUUGUUGGAAUGGUCGAAGCUGAUGAAGCUUAUUUCAAAGAACAUGGUCAACCAUUAUUUAGUUCUCAUAUGCUUGAUUUCUCCGAAGAAAGUAAAGACCAUAACAUAGCUGCAUGUCAAAAAUAUUUAACACGUAUGGCUCCAAUGAAAAUUUGGUUAGAAAUGGAAAUUGGUAUAACAGGUGGUGAAGAAGAUGGAGUUGAUAAUACAGGUGUUGAUAAUGCAGCACUUUAUACUCAACCAGAAGAUAUAUGGGAUAUUUAUCGACAACUUUCAUCUAUUGCUCCUCAUUUUUCUAUUGCUGCUGCUUUUGGUAAUGUUCAUGGAGUUUAUAAACCGGGAAAUGUUCGACUUCAUCCCGAAUUACUUGCUAAACAUCAAGCUUAUGUUAAAGAUAAAUUAAAUACAAAUGAUGAACAUCCUGUCUUUCUUGUUUUUCAUGGUGGUUCAGGUUCAACUAAAGAUGAAAUAAAAACAGCUGUUAAAAAUGGUGUUGUUAAAAUGAAUAUUGAUACAGAUACACAAUAUGCUUAUUGGGAAGGUAUACUUAAAUUUUAUAAGAAAAAUGAAUCAAGACUUCAAGGUCUACUUGAUUCCGAAGAUAAACCAAAUAAAAAAUUUUAUGAUCCUCGUGUAUGGUUACGUGAAGCCGAAUUAUCAAUGAAGAAACGAGUUCAAGAAGCAUUUAAUGAUCUUGGUAGUGCCAAUACAUUAUAA